GAGAGAGAGAGAGAGAGAUGGAAGACGAGGGCGAUGAGGUAGAGAGAACCGUGCGAUGGCUGGAAGACCUCUCCAAUGGCGUCCUGAAGCGCGAAUUCGACUUCCUGACUCUGCAAGGCCUCCGAGUUGUCCGCGCCCGGAAGGACUCCUUCCUCUGCACCUUCGUCGUCCCCGAUCGCCUGUCGGACAGCGAUGGGAAUUGGCACGUGGGAGCGAUGGCGACCCUGAUCGACGACGUCGGGGCUGCGACGGUGUACUGCGCCGCCGGCGACGUCAAGGCCACCCUUGACUUCUGCGUCUCCUACCUUUCCCCUGCGAAGAUCCAAGAAGAAGUGGAGAUAGAGUCAAAGGUGGUAGGAGCAGGGUCAAAGGGAAAGCUGGCGUUGGUGGUGGUGGAAGUGAGGAGGAAAGCCGAUGGCAAGUUGAUUGCCUUGGCUAAGCAGUGGUUCGCUUCUGUCAAUUUGACUGGCGAUCAGCUCGGCAGCAAGCUCUGA